CAGAGCCAUCAGAUAUCUGUGGAGAGAAACAGAGACACACACAACACAAGGUGACAGGGAGACGGGUUUGGUUUGUUUGAUGGUGGUUGAGUAAGAAACUUAAAGACACCCAAAGCUAAAACGCUGAUUAUUGUUUUACUAAGGUUGCAUUUGUUCCUUGAUAUUUCUGCGUUGCACAACCAAAGCAAUUGAUGGUCCACAUUGAUGAUGGGGAUUGAGACUUGCACAAUCUUGUUUAUUUUCCAUUAACAAGUAAUUCUGCUCAAUCAAUCAACUGAUGCUAUUAGUGUUAGAUGCGAACAACUCGGAAACACCAAACUUCAGCCACUAUACAGAGGUUGUGUGAACAAACUGUUAAAGAAAACGAUCCAUUUUGUUUGUCUCAUAUCCAGAUAUUAGACAACAAUGCAUGUUUAGCUAUGGUCGGCCGAGGAACUGAUGUCUCCUUUCAGACCUACAAGGACCAGGUUUUUACCCUGGAAUCAUCUACGGCAGCUGCUGGUUUUGAUUCCCCUUCCGCCGUAAGCAUCUCAUCAAGCAGGAGUCCUUUCUCCCCACAAGGUUCUCAAUCAUACCUGUCUGAUCCUCAUCAUUCCCCUGACAACACUUACGGAUCACCAUUCAGUGGAUCCUCUGUUGUUGAUGAUAGCAAUGAAUUGAAGCACAAGCUUCGGGAGCUGGAACUUUCAUUAUUGGGGCCUGAAUCAAAUACUAUAGAUAGCUGCAACGGCUGCUUCAUUACUGGGUCCCACCAAGCUGCUUCAAUGGCGAGCUUCAACUGUGAUCAACUGGUGGACAUGAUCCCUAACCUAGACCUGAAGCAGAUCCUUGUUGCCUGUGGUCAAGCACUGCACGAUGGUGAUAUGUUGACAGUGACAUGUUUAAUGCAUGAGUUGGAGAAAAUAGUUUCAGUGUCUGGGGAACCUAUCCAACGAUUGGGUGCUUAUGUACUGGAAGGGCUUAGAGCGAGGUUGGAAUCCUCAGGUAGUAACAUCUACAAAGCCCUAAAAUGCGAAGAGCCAACGAGCUCAGAACUGAUGUCGUACAUGCAUAUUCUCUUCAGGAUCUGCCCAUACUGGAAGUUUGCAUACACGUCGGGUAAUGUUGUUAUCAGGGAAGUCAUGGAAUAUGAACAAAAAAUUCACAUUAUAGAUUUCCAAAUAGCACAGGGCACCCAGUGGAUGUUACUUAUUGCAGCAUUUGCAAAACGUCCUGGUGGGCCACCGUCCAUCCGCAUAACUGGCAUUGAUGAUUCUCAAUCAAUUCAUGCUCGAGGUGGGGGACUUGAUAUUGUGGGGCAGAGGCUAUCAGAAUUUGCUCGGUCGUACAAUGUGCCGUUUGAUUUUCAUGAUGCCGCUAUGUCUGGUUGUGAAAUUCAACUAGAGCAUCUUAAUGUUCAACCUGGGGAAGCCCUUGCCGUGAACUUUCCAUACAUAUUGCAUCACAUGCCAGAUGAGAGUGUAAGCAUCUCGAAUCACAGAGAUAGACUGUUGAGGCUGGUCAAGAGUCUGUCACCCAAGGUUGUGACUCUUUCUGAGCAAGAGUCCAAUACUAAUACAUCUCCAUUCUUUUCAAGGUAUCUUGAGACACUGGACUAUUAUUCAGCUAUGUUUGAAUCCAUUGAUGCAGCUUGUCCAAGAGAUGAUAAACAAAGGAUCAAUGCUGAGCAGCAAUGUGUGGCUCGUGAUAUCGUGAAUAUGAUUGCUUGUGAGGGGACUGAGAGGGUGGAAAGGCAUGAACUUCUAGGAAAGUGGAGGUCAAGGCUAACGAUGGCUGGUUUUUCACAAUAUCCGUUGAGCUCUUCAGUCACUACGGCUGUAAGAGAUAUGUUGAAGGAGUAUGACAAUAACUAUAGACUUGCAGAGAGGGAUGGGGCCAUCUAUCUUGGCUGGGUAAAUAGAGCAAUGUCGACAUUUUCAGCUUGGAGGUGAAAGCCUGCUACUCCAUGCAUUAUGUAACUUCAGUACAUAUUUUUGUUUGUUUUCUAGUUUUCUGUUGAAGUCCUUAAGAGCAAGGGCGUUUUAGUGUUGAUGUAAACUUAAAGAAACAUUAGCUUAGCCUUUUUAUUUUGUAGUUGUGAUAGCGAU